AUGGAGUUCUCAAGAAGCACGGAAUUUGUUAUUAGCGAGGAUUCAGACACUAAGUCCGGCCGGAGUAGAAAAGAGAGAAUUAUCACUAUCGCUCUGUUAGUCGUGGCUUCGAUCGUAUUAAUUGUGGGAGUCGUGUUGAUUGCAGUCGCGUCAACCAAAAAUAAUGCAAAAUCCGCUUCGACUUCAACAACCAUGGAACCUCAACAAAACAGCGUUCCUACAAAGGAAAGUGGAAGUAGUAGUACAGUCAGUAUAAAGUCCGGUUCCACUCCAACGGUCGCCCCCACGAAAUCAGCUCUCCAUACGUGUGCCUUUUCGGAAGAAGCUCAAAAUGUAGGUCUUGGUGAGUUUCUUGGUCGCGUUAAAUCAACUUACUAUAAACUCCAUCCUUAUGAUGUUGUGUUCGAUCCAGACGCCACUACAGAUCGAAUUAAAAGAGAAUACGUCGCCUACGAUCCUACGCCGUCCACGAUCAAAAAUAGAACGGACACCGCUCAAGCGUUGCUGAAAGAGAUAAGCGACAAAAGCAUCAAGACAGACCUGCUAAAGCUUCGAGAGAGAAAGGCGUUGGCACAAGUAAAGCACUUUCUUCAGCAUGUGUUCGGCCAGCCCUACGAUGUCAACUACUAUGCCGGAGAUUGGAUGAUGGGCCCGAAUUUAUUCUGCUGGCAGCCAAUCUGUGGACACGGGUACGGCGUCUACAAUGGAAUAGGACGGCAUCACAAACCGCACAACGCCGAUGAUGUGAAACUUAUUGAAAGCAAGCUGAAAACCCACAAAGCAGGAUUUCUUCAGUAUAUUGAAAACAUGAAGAUGGGUGUUCGAAGGGGAAUGAUCCGAAGUACGGAAGAGUGUGAGGCAGGAAAUGACGCAAUCAAGAGGCAAUAUUUGAAUACUUCUCGUUAUAAUGAGACAGGUGAGGUGGUC